CACGGUUGAAGGACAACACUCUGUUCAAGCCAGAGGACGAAGGUUUGCCCGGGGGGGGGCGUGGGGAGGAGGGACCCCCCACCCGCGGGACCCCCGCCAAAAAUAGCCCCUCCGAACGUUCGCGCAACAUUUCCAGCCAAUCGGAGAGCGGCGUGAAAGGGAAAGCGGGGAAGAGAUCAAAGGCUCAGCUGGCUACAUUGUUUCCACCCAAUCAGCUGCUCGGCUCGGCUUCCGCUCCUCCCGAGGACCAAUCGCAUCCUUUGAAAAAGAGGGCGGGGUGGAGCGGGGGGGGGAGAAAAGGAGGAGUGGGGCGGGGAAGAUGGCCGCCCCCAUCAAGAUCACCGAGGGGGGGAGGAAAACUGGGGGGGCUCUGAAUGCCUGACGCCUUUCUGACCCCCCCUUUGCCCCCCAGCCAAUCUGCCCUUUUCCUUUUGAAAAUAAAGGGGGGUCUGGUUCCCCCCCAGCCCCCCCAAGCUUUAUUUCUGCGCCCCCCCAAAAACCAAGCCUCCCAUUCUCUCCCCCCCUCUCCAUUUCUCCAAGCAAGAGGAAGCAUCCCCAUUUUUAUUCUAUUUUUAUUUCCCAUCCUCAUGUCUGCCAAAGGAUUAUUAUUAUUAUUGUUAUUAUUAUUAUUUUUCCUCCCAUUCCCCUGGAUUCCCCGGGAGCCACUCAGGUGGGGUUCCCUGGUGUGAAAUAACACAAGCCUUCAAUCGUUGUUAAACUGAUGGGACAAGCCUUGGCUAGGUAGCCAGGCUUAAGGUGAGGAGGGGGGGGGGAGGGAGAGAGAGGAUAUGGGGAAUAUAUUGGCUCCCUUCUCCGCCCCACGGAAAGGGGCUCGCCGGGCUGAAGGACUCUCCAACCCGGGUAGCUUCGACGAACUUCACCGCAAAUGCAAAGAUGUUUUCCCCCAACAAAUAGAAGGCGUCAAACUGAUAAUUAAUAAAUCUCUCAGUAGCCAUUUCCAGGUAGCCCACACCAUUCACAUGAGCACCAUUGGCCACUCAGGUUACCAUCUGAACACGACGUAUGUUGGAGACCAGCAGCUCAGUCCUACAGAGGUGAGUGAAAAUAGAUUAUUUCCGGUCAAAAUGGGAUUUAAUUUGUCUUUUGGGUCCUAAUUCCCAGGAUACGAGUGGGUGGAUUUUGGGUUCCUUGAAGUAUGGCUUGCAAAAUCAUGUUAGUUAACAAUCCUUAGGUAUGAAAGGCAGCCAAUCACAAAGUGACGGUGAGUUCUAGUCCCGCCUUAGGUAUGAAGGUGGCUG